CUUCUUUUUAGAACAAUGGCACAGAGUGUGAGUGUUGACACUUCUCGCGCUGCAUAUUCCUAUAAUUUUGUUAUAAGAACCACGACAAGAACAAGAACUUUAACUUUUGGCAGUAUUAGAUGUAACAUCAUGGUCGGGCUGAAAGGAAGCGACUAAGAAAGCAAGAACGGGCACCAGGCAGCCCGACCGCGCGACACCGCUACCCACGUUACCCGCUACCCACAUAAGCCGCUACCGACAUAAGCCGCCUGCUGCAUAGAUAGACACACCAGAUCCAGCGGCGACCAUAGCGCAAAACAUACGAAACCAAAAAAAAAUCCGGCGAGAUCGUACGCGGUGCCCGGAGCGCAUCAAUACAGACAAACAAACAACCAAACAAACAAACAUCAUGGCGCAACAACUCACUACAAGUACAUUAUAACAUCUUCAACAAGUUGCUAUAAGACAUAAAAUCAAGAUGGACGAACACGAUAUGGAAAGCGUGGUUCCUAUCGACUCCUUGGCGGAACAAGAGAUCAUGGACUCUCCGCUAUUCCCCAUCCGAGUCGAAGGAGAACACAACUUUUGCGAUAAUAAUGACGUCACGAAGAACUUUUGCGAUAAUAAUGACGUCAUGAAGAACUUUGAUAAUGAACACGGACUACAACAUAAUAACACUAGUAACUACAGCAGCAUGAGCAUGAUACACGAACAAGCCAUCCACCAGCAUACUCCUACUCGACAAUUAGAUCAUGUGGAACUUGAAAGGAGAACUACACCAGUAGAGGAGCAGUUGCCUGCAGCGCCACGACCGCAUUUAGAAGUGGGUCAACAAAUCUGUUUUGUGCGCGAAAUGGUCAGAUCCGAGUUAGCCCAGUGGAAAAGAGAAUUUCUAGCAAAAAUCGACUUGCUAGACCUACGAGCGUCCGUGGAAGCGGUAUUAUGCAUAUUAAUAGGGCUAUAGCUAUUUUUUGUAUCAAGAAAAAGGUACAGGGUCGUGGCUGAACGACCUCGUCUAGAACGGUAGACAAGACGAUCAUGACAUGACACUAGAUUGGCAUGACAUGAGUUAUCUUACUAGAUCAUCUACUGGAACGAUGUUGUGGAAGCACUUUGAUGUCACGAUGUUGUGGAAGCAGAAGUAGUUGAUAACUCGACCCGUGGUUUCAAAAAGAGUUAGAAGAUGUAAAUGUUGUCUGCAAGUGCAACUACAUAUUAAUUUACACAUCAACAGAAUGAAGCGGGUCUUCUCGAACUCCGCAAUGAAGUGCGGGAAAAAGUUGAUGGUUCUCAUGCCAUCGUAGCGAAUCGUCAAGUCUGUCUCGCAGAGCAACAGGAUUCAUGGAUGCGCGAUUGCGAAGGUGCGGUUCAGGAAGUCUGUGAACGUCUUGCCAUAGUCGAGAGAAGAAGUAUGGCACCGACGUUGUUGGAAGCCUUAGAAGAAUUCGAGAUCAUGGUCGGAGCAGGUGUGGAGGGUACUAGUACGAGCAGUAGGGACGUCGAAGAUAUUAGCAAGAAGAGCAACUGUAGUAGUUCUAACACGACUACUAGAAGUACUGGGAUCAUGACCGAAGCCGAACAAGAAGAUGAGCAUCAAGAAAAUAUUGAAUUGAAAGGUACUAGGAAGUUGGACAGAGUUCGUUAUUAUAGUUGAGUCAAGGAAUCAUUUUAGCUCACGGACAACUUCACCUUCACACCUACAACAUUCUAAGAAAUUCUUCAUUCGUCAUAUUAAAUUUGCAGGUGCUAGUCCUCGUAGUCUGGGUCCCACCAGUGGUCAGCACAAAAAUACAGCAUUUACUGGUGCAGUAUCUCGGAUGCAGAAGGUGGUGUCCGGAGUGGUUGCUUCUGCCUUUAGGACAUCAGAGCAGCGUACUGCAGCCGAAUCAAAGGCAAUAAUUGAACGUGUAGCCAAGUUAGAGGACAAACUUGAAAAAUUGACUUCCACAACCAACGCGAUGAAUAUCAAAAUUCAAAUGCUGGAGGACGAGGAAAAGAGUAAGAAAUCGAUAACUACGGCAGAAAAAGAAAAACUAGAGAAGCAAAUGCGUCAGUUGGAGAAAGGCUUAGCAGACCGCGAAGAAGCUCAAAGAAAUCAAUAUGCAGCUUUUGAGACGAGGCUGAAAGAGGAAGAGGCAGCGGUACUACGAUCGUACAAUAUUUAUAUAUGUACCAGGGAGGGAGGCCCCGCCCCCCCUGUGGAUAUAUAUGCUGCAGGUUGUAGGGGAGCGCCCCCCCUAACGCAGGGGGGGCGUGUAUCCCUGGGCCCCUUUUGAAGGCGUGUGCCGGGGGUGGAAGGCUUCAAAAGGGGCCCAAUGAGCCUCCGUUCCCUUCCAGCUGCCUGCGUGUACCCUUCCGACCUCCUAUUUGCUUCGCCGCCCCAGUAGUGCGCCGGGUGUGGAAGGCCUCCGAAGGCAGCAAAAGGCGCAAGGCUGGACCCCUUGAGCCGUGUGGCCUGGCCCCUCCGGGAGGUCGCUAGAUCUCCUUGUAAUUGACAUGCUGAUGUACUCUUUCUAAGACUAGGCGGCACUCCGCUUUUAGAAAAAAUCUUACCACUAUGCGUGUGUGGAUUAAUAGAAUAGUGAUCUCAAUCCAUACAUAUUUAUUUAUGCCCGACCACCGCCCGCACCCACGACGUCUCCCUACUAACUUAGGUUCGUUCUCGUUUAGAGGAUUUUGAGAACGAAGUGGAGCGACGGGCCGAGGGGCGUUUCAAAUUUUUCCGCACGGAACUACAUGACCAGCGAAAAUGGCUCGCCGAAGCAGGCGAGGCCAUCAAUAGUCUCUGCUGCAAGGUCCAACAACAGGGAAAACGAACAUCGAUUAAGGCUGCUAGUUGUAUUAGGUGCGGUAUGAAUACAUCGUCCUGAAGAUCAACUUUGGUCUUGGUGAGCAGGGCGUCAGGCAUGAUCCUGUUCCUGCGUAGCAUUUGCGACUUCCUUGAUAAAAACAAACUGAGGUUUCUUGACAAGCAAUAGUUCCUGCAAUAGUACUAAUCUAUCUGUCAUCAUCAUGAGAACUUGACAAAGAGUUGAAAGUGGGUCUGUCUCUAAUGCAAGGCAAAAUCGUGAGACAGAUGAAAGACUCCGCGUAGAGAUGGCGAAACACGUGGAACAGAUUCAGGUACUUUUUCACGUAGUUAUAUUUACAGUGAUGGACGAGGAGAUUACGUUGCAUAUGAACGGACAGAUUACCAAAACGAACCUUGCACCUUUUGAGCUUUGAGCUCAACCUAGGCUGAUUUUCAGCCUUUCCUCAAUUUCUAGCAUAGGGCGACCCGGCUUUACCAUGGUCGGCGUUCGGCUGCCUGAUCGUGUAGCUGUAGCUACGAGGGGAAUAAGAUGCGAUCCGAAAUCGUGCUGAGGUUCACUCUGGUGUCGCGAUAUCCAAUUCGACCCGGCAGUUUAUAUGCGAUGUUGGGCGCAUGUUUGAGAUUUACAACAGUGAUGGACGAGGCGACUACGUUGCAUUUUCCACAGUGAUACUAGAAACCACGAAAGAAGAAGAUAUAACGUUUACAAGGCAGUUCUUCUUCUUCUUUCAGUGCUUUCUUCGUUGGUAAGAGGAUGAAGAUCAGGAUGUUCUUCUUCAUCAACUGAAGCUGAAUUCAACAUGUUCAACAAAUAUCUCGUCACAACUGCCCUCGACAAAUCUUCUUCCACGACCUCCACCUGCUAUUACUUAUAUUAUUUCAGCGCGAAGUGCAGCAAGAAGUAGCGAGAGAGGCCACCAAUAAGACGAAUGCGGAGUUCUUGGAAGUCAGCAUAUUUGAGAAAGAAAUGAAAAAGGAGUCCGAGUUACUGGAGGAAAGACUCACAUCUGCAAGGAUCGAAACAGAGGUCGUUUUGGCACAGAGGUACUAAACUACACCAAUUAGGCCACUAAUAGGUGCAGGCACGAUUCUUAAGGAGCGCGCAUGCAAUGUAUCAAGUAGUCGAUGGGCUUAGUUGUGGUAAAGAUCUCAAUCUCUCCUACUCGUCCUGGUGAAAGAUUGCUGAACCAGAGGAGCUUCUCUACCCUCCUUCAAUCCUCAGGCUAACGAAUCUCGAGGGUCAGCUGGCAAAGGUGCAGGACGCUAAUAAGAGUGCGGCCGCGCACCACAGAGCUGGGGACCGGCGCGUUCUGGAUAGUCUACGCUCUGAUUACGGCUACCGCUGAAGCAUGCUCCUCAACUACCUCCCUGGCUUCUUUUUCAAGAAGAAAAAGGACUCAGGGAUGGGCUCAAGAAUGCGACGUGAUAGCUCUAACCUGAGGUAGCGGAAGCUAAUCGCCUGACGGCUGCUCGACUGGCGAAUCUUGUGCAACAUGUAGACACGAAGAUGGAAGACAUGCACAAGCGUACGACUAGUCGAGCGAUUCAUUAAGGCUCUUAAUGAUAAUGAUUCAUCUCCACACGGUACUGGCCUAGGCUUAAUAUACUAAUUCAUCUCCAGCACCAGCAGCUCCACAUGAGGCACAGAGUGCCAGUGCAUCUGACUACUGGCGUCAGUUUCCUUCUUUGAGGAGCCUGAGACUGAGACCAUGAGCUGAGCAUGUGAAUUUUUCUCAGUCCUCUAAAUUGAGGCCAGCGUAGAGGAAAUGUUGCAACGUUCUGGACUGAGACAAGCGACCCAACGCCUGCAGGAAGAUCACGAUGCGGCAGAAGGAGAGGCAAGGGCGUUGUCAGAAGAUGUGACACGUUGCGAAGGAAUGCUCACCCAAACGGUACGUUCGCUUCUGAUUUUGAACCAUACCAUCUUUGGCGAGCACGUGUUGCAAAAUGCGUUGAUGAUGACCGAAAUCGGGAAGAACCACGAGGGAAAUGCAAGUGGUCCUCGUGGAGGAAAAGAUACAUCAACGGCAGCAAAUUCUUGUUCAUCCGCGUCCAGCAGUGGUCUUUCGACCCCUGAUGAAGAGAAAAAUGGUGCCCAGCUACUGACGCACGAUGAUGAGCAUCGCACAAGAACUACAACAGCGAAGCCAUCUUCUGGAAAUAAAAAUAGCCGACAGGAGCGUGGUGAACGCAGUGCAGUUCCUCCUUGUGGGAUCCUUGUGCGGCGGGAAAGUGAUGGGAGGAGAGCCCCCUCGUCAACAACACAUGAUCAAGAUUACUCAAGAACACCCCGUGAUUCAGGUUCAGGAGGUUCUUUUAUCGACGUAAACGAAGCUUUCCUUGACAAUUUAUGUACAUCGAUGGAAAAAAACUGGCAAAGAGUUUCCGAAAAGGGUAAGGGCAAAACGGUAUUGGACCUCCUCAACAAAAAGGCAGACUACACUGUCUUGCGGCUCCUUCAAAUAUCUCAACAACACAUCGAGUCCCAGGUGGAUCGUGUGCGUUCCGAGUUUCGCAGGGUAGUGCAGCAAAACGAAGAAAUGAGCGACUUACAUCUUAAUAGAACAAGGACCAUGCUACAUCAGAUCAUGAUGGAGAACAAGAACAGGGGAAAUGGAAUAAGUAAUGCAUUGUCUGAAGGCUCUGGAGGACGUCGAGCUAGUACAACUGCAGCUCGCAUCAAGGGGGGCUCUCCCUCUCCACCUCGCCAGCACGUUGUUUUGGAGCACAACAGAUCAUCUCCCUGGUGCAGUGGCAAGAACAGUCAUGGAGGAGUAGGAGCACCAGCCUCUCUAUUUUAAGGCUCACUAUUAAGUCACUCAUCAUUUCCUGCAUCUAUUUUAAGGCUCACCAAGGGGGCACUAUUUAAGGCUCACCAAGCGAGCCACUCUCAUUUUAUGACACGACUGUCAGUCACCUCAUCAUUUCGUACUGCAUUAUUUGGCUACUUUGAUGCAGGUCUUCAUCAAAAACAUGGAUUAAUUUCGACAAAUGCGCCAGGAGCUCUAAUCUUUCCAGAACUUUCCUUUUACAAAACCAAAAGGUGGUGGAGGACCAGUUGUAGCAGGAGGCGCCUCUGGAGGAGUACCAAAUGAGCUCCUUGUAGAUGGAAGUGGAACGAUGAAUCCGGUGGUCGCGUCAUGGAUGCAGCAGUUGCUUCUAUGGAGUGGAAAAGGUCCUGCAGCUACUUGUCCGACACAGCAAAAUCAAACUGCGAUGACGAAUCAUGACAAAGGAGGUGGAAAGAAGGUGGCAAGAAGAAGUGCCUCUAUUCUAGCGAAGACGAGGCCAAGCAGUGCACCUGGUUCAGAAGUGGUGUACUACCCGCCCUUACUGUCUAACGCAUGGACGCAACCCGAAGACUUUCAUACAACUGGUGCUCACAAUGAUCAUAUGCUUGGCAAUGGAGUAGAAACAACCAAUAUUCAUCACCACGGGGCAGCUCAUGUAUACGACGAGGACUAUAUCAAUGUCGUCGAUGAAGAUGAUGUUGAUCAGGUGCUGAAACAUAUGCCAUCUCAACAACAACAUCCUCGUCCAGGAGAUGAGCUGCAAAGUAAAGCACAUCUACUAAAUCUGCAUCAGGGUCGUGUUGUAAAUGGAGGAGCCCCUGCUCGUGCGUCUGGUACUACAGAAGUGUCUUCUUCAGGUGGAUACUAUCACCCUGAACCUGAUGCUGCACACAUUUUACAACCCCCACGAACAACGCGGUUGGCGACCACUAUGGACGACGCACAACAACGUCAACCUCCGCAGCCAGUUGGCGUACUAGGUGGAGGCAAUAAUUUCUUACGUACUCAAGUCCAAGAAUCUGAAUCUGUUUGUCUAUCCCCACCCACCUUUACUGGACAACAUGAUAGAAGUUGUACUUCAACAACUCGUAAUGUCGCAGGAACGACACCCAUUUUUCGAGAACCAGUACAAGGAAAAGGCCUUACAUCAUCUAGUACAACUGCUGGGCCACAACAUCACAAUAUUAUUAGCGCGUCUGCCAUCGAUGGCUCGGAGAUCGUUCGUAGUCCCUAUUUGCAAAAUAUCAACGCGUGGUCUGCCGGUGGAGGUGCAGGAGACAAUGUGUCCGGUGAUUGUGCAUCGCCUCCGAUGCCACCGAUGUUGUCGAGCAGCCUCAGUGCGACACUGGACAACCUUCACCGACGUCGAGGCCAGGAAGGUAAUACAGAAGUGAAUUCUACAUCUACUGUUAUGAAACAAAGACCACGUCUCUACGGUCACUCGAACGGUGGUAAAAGGGGCAAUUGCAUGCAUAGGACUGAAUAGACAUUUGACAUCUUCCAGAACUCCGUCAGAUCGAACAAGAUUCCUAUUAAAUGGUCAUUUUCAAGGCUAGGAAGGGUGAGUGGGUAUGUUGACUUAGAUCUUGAUUGUGACGUUCAUCUAUGUGUGACAACACUAUGGACAGUAGCGGCUGCGCCUGCAGCAAUUACUUACCUUCAUCUUCAUCUUCAAGCUCUAGCUCUAAUGGCGGCAACACCGCUGCAACCGCAUCCGCAUCAGAAGCAAAAGGAGUCAUUUUACAUCAUACGCCUUAUCCUCCAGGCGUCUCUCGCUUUGCUUUGAGACCCAAGAGUCCUGCACCAAUUCAUCCGUCAAGAAAGCGAGGUCCGAAAGGAAUGACAAUGGCGCAAUCUUCUGAUGGAGUUGCGAGAAAGGGCCCUUGUUCUAAUUAG